AUGGAGGCCAGCGGCAUGGCUGAGGCUCGCCGCCCUCCGCACGUCGCCAUGCUGGUGACGCCCGGGAUGGGUCACCUCAUCCCGCUGGCGGAGUUGGCCAAGCGCCUGGCCGCGCGGCACGGCGUCACGGCCACGCUCAUCACCUUCGCCUCCACGGCGUCCGCCACGCAGCGGGCCUUCCUCGCCUCCCUCCCGCCCACCAUCGCCUCCAUGUCCCUCCCGCCCGUCGACCUCUCCGACCUGCCCCAUGGUGCCAGCCUCGCGACCUUCAUGUCUGAGGAGUGCGUCCGCUUGGUGCCGGUGCUGAUCGGGGUUCUGACGGGGCUCAUGGAGACGACGCGGCUGGUGGCCUACGUGGCUGACGUCUUGGGAACAGACUCGUUCGAUGCUGCCGUGGCUGCCGGCGUGCCGAGGAGAUACAUGUUCUUUACGGGGAACCUCCAUUGGCUCACGCUCAUCCUCCACCUCCCGGAGCUGGACGACACGAUGCCCGGCGAGUUCCGGGACCUCGCUGAGCCCGUCAGGCUGCCUGGCUGCGUGCCUAUCCCGGGGACGGAAGUCAUGUCGGCUCUCCAGGACAAAUCCAACCCCAGCCAGGGACGGAGCUCUCAUGUAGCCACUGGUGUCAAUUGA